UAACCUUGGAAAUAUUAUAGAAGACGCGUGGUGGCCAUGGAGUCUGGUAGUGUGUACUGUGUAGUAUAAAAUGCACGCGAAACAACUUUCUCCUUUUAUUCACCAACUGUAGAAGUGCUUCUUAGUUGUUUUUAAAGAAACUAAUUAGUUAAAAUGUAGAUGAGCCCGAAUCAACUUGAACAGUCGCUUAACGAAAUUCCUACUAGUUGCCACAGGUAGAUCUACGUUAUUUUAUACUAAGUAAUGAUUACGGAAGCCAAUGGAAAUUGAGUUGACCAUUUGUAUUAUACUCAUUUGCAUUUAUGUAUCUUUGUUUGUUGCACGUGUAGCAACAAAUUCAAAACCAGGAAGGCAUCUCACAUGUUCUGCCAGAAUUCUUUUGGAGGAACGUUCAUGAUAUAUAUAUCUUUAGAUCACUACAAACAAAUGAAUUGUGGUGAAACAUAACUGUUGAUUUCAAGAAUGCCAGCUUCAUCAAAUUCUGUAAGUGAAAAAAAUUACACUGCCACCUGGCCAAAACUUCAUGGCUAUCACCAGUACAGUUUGAAAAUAUUAUCAUCGUUGAGAGCUUCACUGCCAACAAAGUUGCAAUGGAAGAACGCUCCAGCAAAACCAACAGAAGCCUACCAACCAACAUUCAUAGAGCAAAUAGCUAAUAUUAUCUCACAUGGGGUAUGUAUUUUGCCUGCAGUAUAUGCCACAUGGUUAUUGAUUCAACGUGCUUCAACGCCUACCCAGUUCUGGGCUGGUCUUAUUUACGGAAUUGCCUUGGUCUUGCUUUUCACGGUCUCUGCUGCGUUCCACACAACCUGUUGCAUGUGCAGCAAUAGCAAGUAUCCACAGUACACCGUGUUAUUUCUGUUUGUUCUACUUAAGUUUCUGUGUUUUGAAAAUAGAAUUCGUGAAGUCUUGCAUCGGGGAGAUCGAGCUAUGAUAUAUAUCUUCAUUGCCUCAUCAUACUUCCCGUGGUUAUCUCUAGUGCCAAAUCUUAACGUUACUGCCGAAAUAACCAACAAACCGUCUUCCUCCUUACUUCCAACGCUUCUCUCUUGGUGCGGAGUCAGCUCACUUGUAGUAGCCGACUUACGUUGGCUGGUUUGGUUUCUGGCGGCAAUGGGCAUUUUAUAUCAACAAAUCUUCCACGAAAAAUAUAAGUGGCUAGAAACGUUAAUUUACGUUCUCAUAGGAUUGUUGCCCUCCUUGCCUUUCGUUCAUGGCGACGAAUUUAAAGGAGUAUGGGAAUUAAAAUUAGGAGGAGCCUGUUAUAUUAUAGGUCUCAUAUUCUUCAAAGCUGACGGUCGAAUUCCAUUGGCACAUGCCAUCUGGCAUAUUCACGUAGCACUUGGGGCGUCUAUCCACUACUACGCAGUGUUCUCGUAUCUUAUUGGCUAAUACUGAUUGACGUGUAAAUUUUCGAUGUUACAGGUAAUCAGCCGUCAGGAAUUGGUUUCCGACUGUAAGUUGGUGUGUAUUAGUCACACAUUCUUCGAAAAAUGUAUAAACUAUGAAAUAGUUGCAGGGUUCAAACAGUGGUUUGGCAUUUAAGUGAUUUAAAAUAACGAAAAGCAUUAUCUGGCAAACGAGUGAAGGUCACGUUAUUUUUUUAGAUGAAGUUUUACAUGUGGUCUGUUAAUUUCUUUGAUUGCAAUGUAAUUACCCUCCACCUUCAUAUACGGUAUUCGUUUUAGUAUUAAUUUACGAUUUUCAUCCCGUUUCUUACUCUGGUAGUUGGUGUCCAUUUGGGACCUUUUUCUAUUAGAAUGUGUAUGGUGUUAGUUGAAUCAAUCCAUCGCGUUUAGUUCUUCAAAAAAUAUUCUUAUUAUCUAUGUUAGCAUAAUAUCUAGAAAUGUAAGCUAGACCAUUAUUUAUCUUUUAAGAUGGUACAUUGGUCCAUUGAAAAUUUAGUUAAGGUAGCGCCGCCUGAUUGGUAACUGAUCUCUGCUUAAACGGUGACAGUCAAUAGAACAUGACCCCACUUUUCCCUUCCAAAAUAUAAAUAGAUCAACAUUAAGUGUGAAUAUUGUAAACUAGAAGAUGGCUAAUUGUCAUAAACUUCCCAAACUGAGUAGUCAUGACGUUUUCUUUCUGCUGUUCAUUACGAAAUAUUUUAUUUUGUUAGUACAAACAGAUAAAGAGAUGUCUCACCUAAUAAAAAGUCAAGCAGUA